CACACCUGCUCCAGGCCCCGGUCUUGCCAAGUGCUCGCUCCGGGCGUUCCAGGGGCCCUAGGGAAAAUAGGGCUCGCAAGCGCGCCAUGGGGCCGCCACCUGGGGCCGGGGUCUCCAGCCGCGGUGGCUGCGGUUCUUCCCGUUUCCUGGCGUGGUGUUUCUUGCUGGCGCUGAGCCCGCAGGCUCCCGGCUCCCGAGGGGCUGAAGCAGUGUGGACCGCGUACCUCAACGUGUCCUGGCGGGUUCCGCAACCCGGAGUGAACCGCACGGUGUGGGAGCUGAGCGAGGAAGGCGUGUAUGGCCAGGACUCGCCGCUGGAACCCGUGGCGGGGGUCCUGGUACCUCCCGACGGUCCCGGGGCUCUCAACGCCUGUAACCCGCACACGAAUUUCACGGUGCCCACGGUUUGGGGAAGCGCCGUGCAAGUCUCUUGGUUGGCACUCAUCCAACGCGGCGGGGGUUGCACCUUCGCCGACAAAAUCCACCUGGCUUCUGAGAGAGGGGCGUCCGGAGCUGUCAUCUUUAACUUCCCAGGGACCCGCAAUGAGGUCAUCCCCAUGUCUCACCCGGGUGCAGGAGAAAUUGUUGCCAUCAUGAUCGGGAAUCUGAAAGGCACCAAAAUUCUACAGUCUAUCCAAAGUGGCAUACAAGUAACAAUGGUCAUCGAAGUGGGCAAAAAACAUGGACCUUGGGUGAAUCACUACUCAAUUUUCUUUGUUUCCGUAUCUUUCUUUAUCAUUACGGCGGCCACUGUGGGCUACUUUAUUUUUUACUCUGCUCGAAGACUACGGAACGCAAGAGCUCAAAGCAGGAAGCAGAGACAAUUAAAGGCUGAUGCUAAAAAGGCUAUUGGAAGGCUUCAAUUACGUACGUUGAAACAAGGAGACAAGGAAAUUGGCCCUGAUGGAGAUAGUUGUGCUGUGUGUAUUGAACUGUAUAAACCAAAUGAUUUGGUGCGCAUCUUAACCUGCAACCAUAUUUUCCAUAAAACAUGUGUUGACCCAUGGCUGUUAGAACACAGGACUUGUCCUAUGUGCAAAUGUGACAUACUGAAAGCUUUGGGAAUUGAGGUGGAUGUUGAAGAUGGAUCGGUGUCUUUACAAGUCCCUGUAUCCAAUGAAACAUCCAAUAGCGCCUCCCCCCAUGAAGAGGAUAAUCGCAGUGAAACUGCGUCGUCUGGAUACGCUUCCGUACAGGGAGCUGAUGAACCACCGCUGGAGGAGCAUGUACAAUCUGCAAAUGAAAACCUACAGCUGGUAAACCAUGAAGCAAAUUCUGUGGCAGUGGAUGUCGUCCCUCAUGUUGAUAAUCCAACCUUUGAAGAAGAUGAAACUCCUGAUCAAGAGACUGCUGUUCGAGAAAUUAAAUCGUAAAAUCUGUGUCAAUAGAAAACUUGAAACUUUAGUAAUAACAGAACUGCCAAUCAGGGCCUAGUUUACUAUUAAUGAACUGGAUAAAGUUAAUAAAAUAUGGAUGAUACUGAAAGUGCUGAGAUGACUAAUAUCAUACUAUAGAUAACAGGCUUAAAAUAUUUAACCUAUUAACUUUUUUCCACAAACUCAUUAUAAUGUUUUUCAUAGGCAAGUUUCCUCUCAAUAGUGAUAGCAACGUUUUUAAACAUUCAAAACUCUCUUCAAGUAGUCUUGUUUUUCAUUUAUGACAAUUUUCUUAAAAAGAAACAUGUUGCUUUGAAAAUGUGAAGUAGUUGUAAUCAUUUUAUUUUAUGAUAGUAUCUUAAUUAAAAAUUAUACUACUUUAGCUUGGGCUAUAUGUGUCAGGGUUUUUUCUCCAGGUGCUUAUAUUUAUCUGGAAUU